ACGGAAUUUAUAUGUAUACUUAACAUAUGCAAUAACUUUUUUCUUGGAUUACAAGAAAAACAUGAACUCUCACAUGCCGAUAUCUACAAUAAUAGCAACCUUUAAAUAGUGCUAAUGAAUGCAGAAUUAGAAAUCCUUGGUUUGAAUGCCUGUGAUGUUGUAGUGAAUCAUACAUAUAAACACUUCACUGGGGGAAAAAUAGUUCGAAGUCACUGUUUAACAUAGCAGUAAAACUUUUACAAAGCAGUCAUGUUAAGAUGGCAAAGAGUCCCAGUUUGCAUUAAAAGUAGUUUCAUUAAAUAUUCCGCCUUCCACAUUAUCUUAUGCACUUAGAACCAACUCCUCUCUGAUUGGCAGAGAGGGCAUUAAGGUGCUAUUUGUAGUGACCCAACUCCCUUCUACCUGUGGACCUGCUUGCAAGACCAUUCAAGCUGCAGCUCUUAAAAAACAGAAACAUCUUCCAGUUCUCCUUAACUUUUCUUUGCAAUAUCACUACCUUUUCCUGCAUCACAAGAACCAAAUGAAGAGCAAAAAGGAAGAACGGGAGAUGUCAGGAGUCAUCGUGAAUCAGUUUGCAGAAGAGGCUCCAUCCACAGAGAGGCCUAAGAAUGGCUACUUUUUCCAAGAGAUGGAACUGAGGGAUGGGGAGCAGGACUAUGUGGAGGAUUCACCUACUACCAACAAGGACCACAUUUAUGACAAUGAGAUCCAGAUCAGUCCUUCAGAUCCUGAAGGACCUGGAUUUGGGCUUUUAAACACAACAAGAAGAUAUGUUAAGCCCAUGAACUUCGAGGAGGAAGUCCGCGCCCACAGAGACCUGGAUGGCUUUCUGGCCCAGGCAAGCAUCCUUCUGGAUGAAAAAGCUGCCACUCUGGAUGAGGUGCUAAGGCGAAUGUUAACUCAUGUUGUGGUCGAAGGCCGUGAGAGUUGGGAUGUGGAUGAGAUCAUGAACUCACUGUUCACAGACGCAGGAAGGAAAGAGAUCAAUGUUCAUCUUCUGUCAGAAACCAUUCAGGGUGUGACGGCAACUUCUACUGGCAUUCAUUACCAGCAGUCCUGGCUUUGUAUUCUCUCGAAUGUGAGGAAUCUGCAGAGACGGCAUGUCUGCAUCACCCGGCUGGAGAGGCCACAAAACUGGGGUGUCAACUGUUGUGAAGCUCGCUACGUCAUCCUUAUCCUCGCUCCGCCUAGAACAAAAAGCACCAAGACAGCCAUUGAGGUGGGUAGAACAUUUGCAACAAUGUUCUCUGACAUUUCCUUCAGACAGAAGCUUCUGGAGACAAAGAACGAAGAGGAGUUCAAACAGGAGCUUAUCAACCACCGACAACAGCUCUCUGUAAUCAGUGAUAAACCGGUCAUAGAGGAAGUGGAGGACUCAGAUCCACGCAGGGGCAAACCACUCCAGUGCAUAUAUUUCUUCAGAUUUGGUAAGGGUGUUUAUGAUGACCUCCGCCGCAGACUGCCUCUAUACCCAUCAGACUUCACAGAUGGUAUAAUUGGAAAUGACCGCUCUCUCUUGAAGUACACCACCACUGCAAUUUUCCUCUACAUUGCAAUUCUACUCCCUGCCAUUGCCUUUGGUUCAUUGAAUGAUGAAAGCACAAGAGGAGAAAUAGAUGUUCAGAAGACCAUUGUUGGCCAGAGCAUUGGAGGAGUGAUCUAUGCUUUGUUUGCUGGCUCACCACUUGUCAUUCCGCUGACUACUGCACCACUGGCCAUCUUCAUAAGCGUCAUCAGGGGUAUUUGUGAUGACUACGACCUCGACUUUGAUGCUUUCUACGCCUGCAUCGGUUUAUGGAACAGCUUGUUCCUCAUCCUCGGAGGCUUAUUCAAUGUCAGCCUGCUGAUGAAACUCUUCAAACGCUCAACAGAAGAAGUGAUUGCAUUGUUCAUCUCAAUUGCAUUUGUUGGCGAUGCGGUGAAAGGCACAAUCAAAAUUUUUCACCAUUAUUACCACGGGCCCAUUCUUACGACCACAAACAAAACACUGGUGCUUCAGCAGAUUAAUGAGAUUCUAGACAGUGCAAAAAACAAGACAGAAACCAUACUGGAGCAUCACAGUGAGACCGGGAUGAUGUCAGGACAUGCAGAGGGGCACGAGUCAAUCUUCCUGCCUGAGUCUUUGGUGUUAUGCACAAGAGAAAGACCCAUCCUCUGUCUUCUGCUCAUGUUGGGGACUUUGUGGCUGGGUUAUACACUCUACCUCAUCAAGAGGAGCCCAUAUCUGAAUGACAAAAUCAGAGAGGUGGUGUCUGACUGUGCUUUGCCUGUGUCUGUGCUGAUACUCUCCUUCAUUGGCUCCUACCUUUUCAUUGACAUACAGCUUCCCGUGUUCAGUGUACACGAUGGUCCGAUCUUCAAGUUCCCUCCAUUUGAAAAGCUGUCAGGAAUGAAUGCACUGAGUGCAGUUGGUCUGGGGUUCCUACUUGCUUUGCUCAUCUUUAUUGACCAGAACAUCGUCAUUUCACUGACACAUGUGCCGGAACACAAGUUGCUAAAAGGCACAGCAUUCCACUGGGACUUAAUGCUGACUGGCUUCAUUAACAUCCUCAUGUCCUGUCUGGGGUUGCCAUGGAUGCACGCUGCUUUCCCACAUUCCUCUCUGCAUGCCCGUCAGCUUGCCAAAGUAGAACAGCAAGUAGAGAACGGACACCUCUACACGACAAUUGUUAGUGUGAAGGAAACACGUUUGACCUCACUGGUGGCCAACAUCUUGAUCGGCCUGUCCAUGUUCAUGCUGCCCAUUCCUCUGCAGUGGAUUCCCAAGCCUGUCCUCUAUGGGCUCUUCCUUUACAUUGCCGCCACUUCACUGGAUGGAAAUCAAAUGGUGGACCGCAUGACCCUCCUGCUAAAGGAACAGACCUCCUAUCCUCCCACUCACUACAUUCGCCGUGUGCCUCAGAGGAAGGUCCACUACUUCACGGGGCUGCAGAUAAUCCAGCUGAUCAUUCUGUGUGCAUUCGGGAUGUAUCCUCUGCCCUACAUGAAGAUGGUUUUCCCCUUGCUGAUGAUCCUGCUGGUCCCUGUCAGGACGAGCUUACUUCCAAGAAUGAUUGAGGCCAAGUAUCUGGACAUCCUGGAUUCACAAUACAUGUAGAACUUUAAAGCAAUUUCAUGACAAGAUUCAGUUUCUCCAGGAAUAAAUUAUCUGAUGAAGACUGCAAGAUUUCACUAUCAUUUAAAACCAUCAUUUGCUUUUUUAUAGUUCAUUGCAAAUAUAACUUAAAUGUAGCUGACUUUACUAUGGAAAAUCACUGCAUAUUUGUUGUAUGUAACAUUUUAACUUUAACAAAGGUUUUCAUGCACAGAGAAGUGUUUCGAGUAGCCCUUGACAAUGAGUGUAAUCCCUUUAGAAUUAAGUGGAAUUUAAAUUUUUAUCUGAAAUAACAGUGGUAUUAUAGAAUAAAAUCAUAUAGAAUAGUUUUGUUAAGAGGGUAAUAAUUCACAAUUAUAGAGACAAGAAGGAAUCAUUAUAUAAUAGGUCAUUUUAAGUAGUGCAUAAUUUUAGUGGAAAAGGAAACCAUAAAUGUAAAUGUUAAACUGCUCAACUAUUAUUGUUAAAAAACUGCAGCGUACUUUUCACUACCUUUAAUUAGACAAAACAAAAACGGCGAAAAAUUGCAGAAGUAACAGACUGAAGGACUAGAGAAGCUUCCACCUCCUCCUCAAAUGAAACAUUAUCAGAAAAAAGGGAAAAAAGAAAAGAAAGAACAAAGAAGAAAAGCCAAAGACAAGAAGAACAAAAAGAAAGCAAAUAAAUGAACUAGAAAUAAAAACAUAUUCACAGUUAAUAAGAAUAGUUUAUUGUUACUUCUGUUGUGUUCAAGUUUGGGUUUGCAUAUAAAUAAUAAAAAACACAUAAUUCUAUUGGACUCUCUGUUCAUUCACAUUGAUCAGUUUUUGUACUUUGCUUAUAGUCCUUUUAAAUGUUUGUGUAAGGAAAAAAAAACUAAGUUUGACUUGGCUCCAUGAUUGUGGACCUUUGAUGGACCUUUGCCCUGCAGUGUUUGCUACUGUGUAUUUUCUCUUGUAAGUAGAAACGAUAGAAUAGUCCUUAUCACAUUUUUAUGUCCAACAUAAAAGAACUGAAACUUGAAACUUGAAAGAACUUGAAACUUAAACAUCUGCGAUGCGAACCAAUAUAGUGCACAAUAAAUGUGUAAAAAAAAACCCCCAAAAAAACCAAGGUCAGCUACAUAAUGUGGUCCAUGCUACUAAGGAUAACGCAUAUUUACAAUAUAAAAUGAAGAAAGUUUAACAGUUAUUUCCACAAAAAUACCUGGAAAUUGCAGACUAAUUAAAAUUAAUUACAUUAUAAUUUAUCUCUUUUCUGUAAACUAUCUGGCAGUUAUGCACUGCUUACAAUUAAUUACAUACUACUAAAGAUUAUUUUUGAACUGCUUAAAACUACUUAAACACAACUUAUAAUUAUUUAAAGUUUUUUUUCCUGUAAAAUAUAGUUACACGCUGCUAAAAAUUACUUAUGCACUACUUAAAAUUACUUACAGUGUAGUUAUUUUUUUCUUUCCUUUAAAAACUUGAAUCAUUACCCCAUUAGUUUAGUGUAUCAGUUGUAUGUACAUGUUUGUUUUAUUACAUGGUAUUACCAGGUAAAAUACAUGGAAAUUCUAUUUAAUUCUAGGGAAAAUCACUCUUAGUUGCAGGCUGUAUUAUAAAGUGCUAGGGGAACCUGAAAUUGCCAUGUUAGAGGCUUUCAGCACUUGUGCCCACAGACCAAAACAACACUUUUGAUAGUUACUUGGAGGGAAUCAGUAUUGCCAAUGAAAGAACAGAAUAUUGGUGGGAUUUUCUUUGCAGCCAGUGUCUUGAGUUCUCAUUUGCAGACAUUACAGACACAAGUGACGCUGCACGGGUUUGGAACACAUACUCCAUCAGGUCAUUGAAAUGUGUUUUUCGAUUGACCAAAGCCAGUUGUAUAUAGACUGUACAAUAUUCUUAUGGAUGAGUCCAUCAAUAGACCAACAUAUCAUACUGCAAACUUUUAUUGUUGUGGACAACUAUGAUAUUUUCCCAAAUUACAGUGGGAAUCUGGGGCUUUUAAUUAUUUGUUUGAAGAGUCCCUUUCUAUAUGCCCAAUAAUUAAUAUUUGGUUAAUGUCCCUAAGAAAGAGGCAUUAUUUAACCUUGGUUGGUGAAUUUAUCUGAAAUCUUUUUAGCAGUUGAAUAUUCAGUUUUCUUUGCACCUACUGAACAGUAGGUUGAUUCAAAUGUUAGUUUGACACCACUCACCACUCUUGGACGGUCAUCACAGUAUACAUAUUUGAAGCAGAACAAAUAAACUAUUUGUGUGAAAUACAAUCAAACUUUUAGUGCUUCUCGAAUGUAUGUACACAGAAAUGCAAAUGACUGAAAAACACAGUAACAGAAUCUGUACAUGAGCUACCUGUGUUCCUAAGCGUGUAGGAGAGGUGUAGCCAGCACAAAUAAUAACAUAUUUUCAACAACUACAUAUAUUGUAAAAUCCAGUGUCUCUCAAAGAGACAAACACACUUUCCUUUCUGAUAGUUUUAGCUAUAGACAUCCCAUGGGUAUGGACUUUGGAUCUUGGAGAAUGGCCCUAUGAGCUAUUGUUUCAGUGGCAGGUAGCAUGUUGCUCUUAGGAGGUACAGAGUAGGUCCUUGUAAAAAGGUCGAACAAACUCCUUUUCAUUAUUUUCAUCCAUUGUGGUCUUCUCAAGAGCUGAUCCCUCAACAGGAAGGAGGUAGUUGAGAAACAAUGUCAUCAGGAUGUUCAGAUGCAGUUCAGAAUGAAAGCCUUUGAUAGUCUCAGCAGAAUGGCAUCAUGGUCUUUCAUUCACAUCAGUCCAACUGUCGACCAUUCAGCCUCAAAAAUCCAGCAUCACUUUUGGAACUUGGGUUCAGAAGGUCAAGUGAACAAGUUAACAUAGUUUUUUUUUUUUUUUUUUUUUAAAUCAUAUUUUGUUAAUCCUUUCAUUUGAAUUUAUGUAUAGAGUUGUGUAAAGAAGACAUGCUUCAGUUUAAAAUGUGAUGCUGAUGCUAUGAUAAGGGAUGUGAUAACUUCUGUGUAAGCUGAAAAGCCUGUGUGAAAAAGAAAUUCUAACUGUGAAGGUGUGAGUUCACACUAGUGAGUUUCUGUUCAAAAACACUGAAGCCAGAUUUCACAAGAACCACUCCAGCAUUUAGAUGUGAAAAAGAGCUUUUUAUUAAAUUCCAUAAAGAU